AUGGAAGGUAAGCUGGCUGCAAUUUUUGGUAUGUGGGAACGUCAACGAGAAGUUCUCUCUAUAUACAAGAGAAUGUCAUCUAGAGAUUACUCAGUUGUAGCUGAUGUAGAGGAUAAUUCAGCUGUUUCACAGAACAUUCUGGAUCAAGAAACUACAAAUCCUUCAUGGAGGCUCUCAUUACCACAUGUACUAGUCGCAACCAUUUCAUCCUUCCUAUUUGGCUACCAUCUUGGUGUGGUAAAUGAACCACUUGAGAGCAUUUCUUUGGAUCUCGGAUUCAAUGGAAAUACUUUGGCCGAAGGCCUUGUGGUUAGCACAUGUCUGGGUGGUGCAUUGAUCGGAUCUUUAUUCAGUGGUUGGAUCGCUGAUGGGAUUGGUCGUCGUAGGGCUUUUCAGUUGUGUGCUCUGCCCAUGAUUAUUGGUGCUUCUAUAAGUGCAACAACCAAAACUUUGGCUGGUAUGCUUUUAGGAAGGUUAUUAGUGGGAACUGGAAUGGGCCUUGGUCCUCCUGUUGCAUCUCUCUAUGUGACAGAGGUUUCUCCUUCCUUUGUGAGGGGCACUUAUGGAAGUUUCGUCCAGAUUGCAACAUGUCUUGGACUUAUGGGAGCACUAUUUAUUGGAAUCCCUGUCAGAGAAAUAGCAGGCUGGUGGCGUGUUUGUUUUUGGUUAUCUACAGUUCCUGCUGGAAUACUUGCUCUUUCCAUGAUGUUUUGUGCAGAGAGUCCUUAUUGGCUGUACAAGCAAGGAAGAACUGCUGAAGCUGAAGCUGAGUUUGAGAGACUUUUAGGUGGAGCACAUGUGAAAUUUGCAAUGCAAGAGUUAUCCAAAUUAGACAGAGGGGACGAAACAGAUGCUGUCAAGGUCUCAGAAUUGCUUUGUGGUCGGCAUUUUAGAGUUGUUUUUAUUGGGUCCACACUAUUUGCUUUACAACAGCUAUCUGGCAUAAACGCUAUAUUUUAUUUCUCUUCAACUGUGUUUAAAAGUGCGGGUGUACCAUCAGACCUAGCGAAUGUCUUUGUUGGAAUAUCAAAUUUAUCAGGAUCUGUUACUGCAAUGUUUUUGAUGGAUAAACUGGGAAGGAAGGUGCUGCUUCUGUGGAGCUUCUUUGGAAUGGCAGUAUCUAUGGGACUUCAAGUGGUUGCAGCAAGUUCUUAUAUGUUGGGCUCUGGAACUUUGUACCUAUCUGUUGGUGGCAUGUUAAUGUUUGUCUUCGCUUUUGCUGUUGGAGCUGGUCCAGUUCCGGGCCUCCUCCUACCAGAAAUCUUCUCCAGUCGAAUCAGGGCAAAAGCUAUGGCUGUCUGUAUGUCAGUGCACUGGGUAAUAAAUUUCUUCGUUGGUUUGCUGUUCUUGCGUUUGCUGGAGCAACUUGGACCACAGCUCUUGUACACCAUCUUUGCUACCUUUUGCUUGAUGGCAGUGGUUUUUGUGAGAAGGAAUGUCAUGGAAACCAAAGGAAAAUCACUCCAAGAAAUUGAGAUAGCCCUGCUUCCACCUGAAUGA